AUGGGAUCUGGGCGGAGCAAAUUAUCUCGAGGCUCGUCGUUGCCUUCGACAGCGAGAGAAGACUCCGGCACGGCUCUACCUCCGUCGUCUUCGAGUGGUGGUGGAAGGAGGAGAAGAUCAAAGAGUCUGCUUUGUUCUCUUCACUCUUCUUGCCUUGCUUCAUCUUCUACUUCUCACGACAGUGACGAUGAUGAUGAACAGGUGUGCAAGCUUCAUGAAAGUGUCUCGCGGAGAAGAAUGGAAUCUAGGAAUCAAGGAAAUGCAGAAGAUUGCGAUGAUAAAGAGUUAGAAGAUGAGAAAAAACCUGAAAACGAAAGUCUCGAGCUUGAUGAUGAGUGUGCUGUUGAAGAAGAAGAAGAAGAAGCAACUGUAAGCACUGUGAAUAAUGUUGGCGGUUCGACGCAAGAAUCUUCAACUCCAGGUCGCGUUUUCUCGCAUUUCAGAUUCCUCCCUGGUAACAUAAGCUCCAGACUUGGCAGAGCUUCAAGCUCAAGAUCAUUCAAUACUACUUAUCCAAUCACUUCUUCUCAAGAAGAAGGUGUUAAUCCUCCACCUUCAGAGUCUGCUAUUAGGCUCGUUGAUAGAGCCGAGUCUCCGAGAAUACCUGUGAUUGACAAUGUAGUUAGAGAUAUUGAUGGCAUGGACAGUACUAAUGCUGGAGUUCUUGAUAGAAGACAUGUUGUUAGGGAACCUUCCAAUUCCAUUGACCGGAAUGUUAGCUUUAGCAGAACCCUGAGUGUUGGACGACUCCGAGACAGAGUUCUUCGCCGGUCUUCACUCUCUGACGUCACAUUCCGUCCUCAGCAACAGGGAGAAGACGAUGCUGAUCUCUCCUCUGCUGAUACCGCAGCAGCGGAAGAAGCUCCUGUGGCGUCAACACCUAUGCUAAACCGUUCCGCUUCCUCCAUUCGAAGAGCGAUAUUCGGGAUUCAAGAACCUGAAACUCCUGGCUCUCUUGUCAGAGAUGGUGUGUAUUAUGGUGUGUUAGAGAACCCAUCAGUUUUUCUUGAAAGGAGGAGGAGAAUAAGAUCUCAGGUCCGUGCUCUUCAAAGAUUGGGAAACGGGUUUGAGAAUAUCACUGGCCUUCAUCAUCAUCAUAUUAGGAGUUGUGUCUUAUCAAACCCAAAUCAGUUAGGUCGUUGCACAUGCCGCGAAAUUACUUACCAUCGUAACACCACAGCAACAGCUACAACAGAUGAAACAAAUGCAAGAGCUAGCAUCUCAAGGAUCGUAUUGUUAGCUGAAGCUCUCUUCGAGGUUCUUGAUGAGAUUCAUCAGCAAUCUGCUGCCUUGUCCUCUCAACAACCAUCAGUAUCAUCAAUAGGAUCUGUUCCUGCACCUCAUGACGUUGUGGACUCAUUACCUGUGAAACAGUAUACUAAAUCAGAAAGCGAGGAACCGUCACAAUGUUAUAUAUGCCUUGUGGAGUAUGAAGAAGGAGACACUAUAAGGACACUUCCUUGUCAUCAUGAAUUCCAUACGACCUGUGUGGAUAGAUGGCUUAAAGAGAUUCACAGAGUAUGUCCUCUAUGUCGUGGAGACAUUUGUAUACAUGAUCCAUCAUCUGAACGACAUUGA